GGCUCUGCUUGUCAGUCAGACUUUGAACAGAGCACUGGCGCUCAUCAUCACUGCUAAUCUCUGGUCGCUGCUCGUCAUCCACGACACUGCUGCUGCUGCUGCUGCUGCUUCUGCCGCCGCUGACAGUUACCACCGACCAGCUCAGAAAUACAUAGAUUAGGAUGAACAGUUUCUAAGACAGGCAGAAGAAACCCCGAGGGCAACACCGCGAGGGACCGAGCGGAGAUUAGACGUUAGCUACGCCGUUUAACGCUCACGUUACUCGGGGAGUUGCGAUGGUCCAGUUAAGGGAUAUUUUUCUAGGCUUGCUUCUUGUGGGCUGCACAGUUUCACUGGAAGUGCAGAUCACACCAAGUCAAGGGGAGAUUAGCCUUGGAGAGUCCAAAUUCUUCAUGUGUGAAGUUGUAGGUGUUGCCAAGCAUAUAGACUGGUUUGGGCCGAGUGGGGACAGGAUAGAACCGAACAGACCAGACAUAACAGUAACCCGUAACGAUGAGUCAUCGUCAACCCUCACACUGUAUAAAGCUGGGACUGAAAAUGCAGGGACAUACAAGUGUGUGGCUACCAAUGGAGACCAGCAAGGGGAGUCUACUGUCAAAGUGAAAAUCUUCCAAAAAAUCACCUUCACAAAUGCACCCUCACCCCAAGAGUUUAACGAAGGAGACAAUGCCAACAUCAUUUGUGACGUCAUCAGUUCGCCUCCUCCCACCGUCCUCUGGAAAUAUAAAGGGGCAAAAAUACAGAUGGAAAAAGAUGUUCGGUUUAAGGUUCUAAGCAACAAUCACCUUCAGAUCCGUGGCAUAAAGAAGACAGAUGAAGGCUCGUAUACCUGCGAGGGUCGCCUCAUGGCCCGCGGCGAGAUUGAUCUGCGGGUCAUCAAGGUCAUUGUGAACGUGCUCCCGACCAUCAGGGUAUGGCAGUCGGAGGUGAACGCCACAGCAGAUGUUGGGCAGCCUGCCAUGUUGACUUGUGCUGUUGAUGGCUAUCCUGAACCCAUGGUGACCUGGACAAGGAACGAAGUGGUUCUGGAGGCAGGAGAGAAGUACAGCUUUAAUGAAGAUGGCUCAGAAAUGACAAUAAUGGAAGUGGCCAAGCUGGAUGAAGGAGAGUACACCUGCAUUGCAAAGAACAAGGCUGGGGAAAGCGAUCAGGAACUCAGUCUGAAAGUGUUUGUCAAACCGAAGAUCACAUACAUUGUAAAUCAGAGCACUUCAGAGAUGGCGGAGCAGGUAACUCUGACUUGCGAGGCAUCAGGAGAUCCAACUCCUACCAUCAGCUGGAGCUACGGUGAGCGCGUCUUCACUGAAGGAGAGCAGGCACAUCUAAACAGGAUCUAUCAGGCAUCAUGGACUCGGCCCGAGCAACACAAGAGUCUGGAUGGAAAUGUAGUGGUGAGGAGUGAUGCUCGUGUGUCAUCCCUCACUCUCAAGUAUGUCAAGUAUACAGACGCCGGUCAGUACCUCUGCACAGCGCGCAGUGCCAUUGGAGAGGAUGAGCAGACGGCAAAUCUGGAGGUCCGCUAUGCUCCGAAGAUCCAUGGUUCAGUGGCAGUGUAUACCUGGGAGGGAAAUGCUGUCAAUAUCAGCUGUGAGGUCAAGGCUCAUCCCAGUGACAUAUCUAUCAUGUGGCUGAGAGACGGACUGCAGCUCCCAAACUCCAACACCACCAACAUUAAGAUCUUCAGAACUCCAUCAUCCAGCUACCUUCAGAUAACCCCUGAUUCUGAAAAUGACUUUGGGAGCUAUAACUGCACCGCUUCAAAUGAGAUGGGUACAGAGUCCAAGGAGUUCCUCCUCAUUCAGGCCGAGGUGCCAUCAGCUCCAACCGUCAGUGAGGUGAGACCCUUCUCCACCACAGCACAGAUCCUGUUUGAGGAGCCCGAAUCCACUGGAGGUGUUCCUGUCCUGAAAUACAGAGCGGAGUGGAAGGGCCAGGGAAGGGGCAACAGUGGCCAAAAGGUCUUUGAAGCCCAAGCUGGCUCCAUCAACGAGGUGACUAUCACAGGCCUGAAGCCAGAGAGCAGCUAUGAAGUGAAGUUGUCAGCCAUCAACGGGAAGGGUGAAGGUGAAAGCAGCCCUGCUGAGUUCUUCAAGACGGAGCCUGUCCGGAAUCCAAAUCCACCCAAACUCGAAGGCGUACUUCAACCCAAAGGCAACUCCCUCAAAGUCAGCUGGACCAAGCAGGACGACGGCGGCUCGCCCAUUUUACAUUAUCUUGUCCGCUAUAAACCAGUACAGGCACCAGAGUGGAAACCAGAAAUCAAGACGCCAAGCGACAGCGAGUUCUACAUUCUCAGAGAGUUGGACUGGGACACAGAGUACAAUGUCUUGGUGGUGGCAGAGAAUCAGAAGGGCAAGUCCCAGCCAGCAAGCAUGUCCUUCAGGACAUCCACCAAGCCAGAAGCCAUCCCAGAUGGGUUGGGUGAUGAGGCGGCGCUCUCUAUGGGCAUCAUGCUCUGGGCAGGAAUCCUUGUUGUUGUAUUUUUACUCCUGCUGCUGGCAGUGGAUGUCACCUGUUACUUCGUCAACAAAUGUGGCCUCAUCAUGUGCCUCUGUGGAAAAUCUGGCACGGGGACCAAAGGACACAACUUGGAGGAGGGAAAAGCAGCUUUCAUGAAAGAUGAGUCCAAAGAGCCGAUUGUAGAAGUUAGAACAGAGGACGAGUGCACAGCCAAUCACAACGCAGCAGGACCGACGGAACCCAAUGAAACCACACCUCUCACAGAGCCAGAGCUGGCGGCUAACACUGCUAAUCUGGCACUGGACACCCUCUCCUCCGUAGCCACCAACUCUGACACAGCCACUGCAACAAUUGACCUCGCUCAGGACAGCCCCUCUAGCGAGACCACCACACUCACUUGUAGCCUGUCUACCCCCGCCAACGACCCCUCAGAACCCUCACCCACCCGUGUCGCAGCCCCGGCGCCAACCCCAGAGUCGAACACCGCCCCGCCGACUCCCGUCCUCUCCACCUCCGACGUCGAAGCCAAAAUGGCCCCGCUAGUAGAGCAAAGAGGAAGUAACCCCCCUGAAGAACAGGAGAAAAAGACCACUCCUCCCUGUACCCCUGAACGAACUAGAGCUCAAAAAGCUGGGACACCGAUACCACCAAAACGUAGACACUCUCCCAAACUCGCCGCUCUGAAUGCUAAAGGUAGCCCACCUGUGUCUCCACUGGCUGCGUCCUCCCCAGUGUUCUCUCCUGCUCUCGACAUCAAGAAGCCUGCUCCAAGCCCACCAGUCUCCAAACCCUCCACUGUAGCCUUAGAAACUGACACACCAGCAAAAACUGCCUCCACUCUAGCCACCACUGCCCCUCCGAAACCAGACCCUGACUCAAAUCCAACUGCCCCGUAUCCCAGCGGCCGUAGCCUCACUGCCUUCGACACGAAAACCAAACCAGCUGACCAAACUGCUAAUGCUAACAUCCCCACUUCCAAAGCUGCUGCAACUAGCUUUCCUUCAGUGAUCCACGGUGCUCCUAAAGUCCUGGAUGCUGGAGAUACUGCUCCUCUGGUUGCAGAUGUCCCCCCUGCUUUACCCGUUACUCCUCUUACUGGCCCUGCAUUCGGCGGUCUCGAGGCGCCCACAGAUGCAUACGACUUAUUAACCCCAGAUGCGGGGCCCAGAAGUGCGGAUUUAGACUUAGAGCUGACAAACGGGAUAGAGAGACGCUUCCAGAUCCCGGCAGACCUUAUUAGCUUAGAGAGCCCGCCCUCUGCCCCCUCUCUGCCCAAUGGAAACGGAGCAGACCUCCCCCCCUCAGGCCCAGUUCUGGAGGCAUCAGAGACUCUGGCCAAGACUGCUCUUCCUGUCAACGAUGAGAAGAUUUUCUCUGAUGAGAAAGGCAAACUGGAGGAGGCAGAGUUAUCGAACGCCCUGACGGAGAUCACUGCAGAACACAACAGUGUCAUACAGACAAAUACCACCGAGAGCAAAGCAUGAUGGGCCGGGGGAACCCCCAGCCCGACCCAAAACAUUUUUUGCAGCAGCAUCGAGCGAGAAACACUGCAGGAGUUUUGAUUUUCCAGUGCCCUUAACUACAUAUUUAAAACCACACACGUGUCGAUUGGUUAGAGCGCACUUUGACUGUGCUUCAUUUCUGGUUUCAUUCAUGAAAUGUUUACUGCACCCAAGGAGUUUAUCUAUAGGUCAUAAGAGAUUUAUUUUAUUUUUUUAUUGUUAUUAUUUUAUUUAACCAGUCAGGACUAUUAAGAACAAUCUCUUAUUAUACUGAUCGCUUGGUAAAUAUGUGAACAAUUAGACUUUCUAUCUUGCUUAUAGUUUCAACCGCAAUCACACUCAAGUGUUGACUUACGACAAAUGUAAAAAGAAAAGAAAAAAAAAAAACCUGACUAUAUAUAGAAAUUAUUUUUCUUAUUUUCAUGUUCAAUUGUUCAAAUGUGAAACUAUUUGCAUUUUGAUUUUAGUUUGGACUUUUAUUUUGUGGGCUAGCCUCAUUAAAUAGCUUGUUCUGCAUGUCUGACCUGCAAGUGGUUGUAAAGGUUUUUUUUGUUUACAAGUUUUUUGGUUUCACUUUGUCCAUUUCCGAGGAUGUGUCAUCUCUCACAGAUACGCUGGCAUCGAUUAGACAUAGGUCUCAGUUCAAUGUUUGGAUCAGAACCAUAUUUUGUUAUGGUUUAUUAAAAAUACAGGAUGAACCCACAGCCAGCUGCAGGGGGAAACAGACCGACAGAGAAUCACACAUCGACAGUGUGCACCGUCGGAUCAGAAUUGGCCCGUUUAUACGAUCAAAUGUAUUCAGUGUGUCACUGCCGCACCAGAGUGUGAGUUAAAAAUAUUCAUUAAUAAAAUGCAUUUGAUUAAAAAAAAAGAAGGAAAAAAAAGGAAACUCACUGAACAGAAGCAGAAAUAUAAAAAAAACAACAAAAAAAA